AGACCCAAACAGUACACCGCACAUCUGCGAGAUACUUUUCCGCCUCGAAACAAGAAUUCUUAUUACGCGCUCGGAGUAAAAUUCCAGCAAUCAGACGGGCAGGUUCAAUUUUGCCGCUUGUGCAGUGUUUGUCCCCCCGCAGGAGCGCAUUGAAAUCAAACUAAAUUCUAAAUCGGCGAUAAAAUUCGUGUCUAAUCAUUUUGUAAAACAGAAAUAAACCCUAUUUGUUAAACUUCCUCGUUCAAACAAAACACAAAAUUGCCAGCUAAAUAACGCUCGUGUUUCAAAAGUGUUCAAAUUAUACAAUUGUGUCAUCGAUCGACCGCCAUUGCCACAAACAUCAAGUGACCAAAACAUCAAGUGCUACGCAAGAGAGCUGUACAGAUCACAGAAGGAAACGAGCUUAGAGCAGAUACAGAUACAGAUACAGUGCCAGCGACUGAAGCUGCAGCAGAAAUACCAGAAACAGAAUCAAUUGAAAUUGCAGCUGGAGCCGAAGGAAGAACUCCUGCAGUAGAUAAAAAACAAGAAAACCUGCUUCGAAGAAAGAAGUACACUCCUACCAUCAUUACCAGCUCCGUCCAUGGCCACGGCGGCGGCAAGCAGAGUCCGGUGAAAAUGGACAAGGGCCGCCUGAGAUUGCCGCAACUUUCGCCAAAUUAGCAGAAGGCCAGGAACAGGAGAGCAGACAUCCACGGAGACACAGCGGAGUCUCUCUCUCUCUCUCGUUGGCAAAGUAAAUAUUUGCGAAUCUCGACAAAAGGACCACAACAAUAGCCAUUCAAUCGGAGCCGAGGAAUUAGCCACAAAAGAAGACGCAUCGCGCGAGUCCAUUAAGACCAAAGCCCCACUCCCCCCCCCGUAGCCCCUUCGCCCCGUCGCCCCGUUUUGGCACGCACAGAUCCCGGGAGCAGGUCCAGAGCCGGUCCACUUAAAUGACCGAAUCCACACAGCUGCAGACGGCGGAGAACAACAACGCGGGCGUGGUGAAAAUGGAGCCACCGCCACCGGCGACCUCCUCAUCCUCGGGCCACGCGCUUUCCGCACUCUCCAUGGCGGCCACCGGCUCCGCCCUCUCCCCAGCCACACCGCCCCCAUCCGCCCUGGGUCUGGCCCAGCACCAGCACCAUCUCCACCACCAACAACAACAGCAGCAGCAACAGCAGCAGCACUACGCCCUCAAAUGGAACGACUUCCAGACCUCGAUACUCAGCUCGUUCCGGCACCUGCGCGACGAGGAGGACUUCGUGGACGUGACCCUGGCCUGCGACGAGCGCUCCUUCACCGCCCACAAGGUGGUGCUCAGCGCCUGCAGUCCCUACUUUCGCAAACUGCUCAAGGCCAAUCCCUGCGAGCAUCCCAUUGUCAUACUGCGGGAUGUGCGGAGCGACGAUGUCGAGAAUCUAUUGAGCUUUAUGUACAACGGCGAGGUGAAUGUCAGUCACGAACAGUUGCCCGACUUCCUGAAGACUGCGCAUCUGCUGCAGAUCCGCGGACUGGCGGAUGUCAAUGGGGGCUAUCCCUAUGCCAAGGCCCUCUCCGCCGCCCUCUCGCACAGCAGCAGCAGCAGCCACAACAACAACAUCAGCAGUAGCCACAACAACAACCUGUCGGAGAGCAGCAGCCACAACAAGAUCAGCAGCUAUCUGCCGCAGGCCCAGACACAGAUCCCGAACAACAGCAACAUCAGCAGCGGCAGCGGCAGUGGCAGCAACAGCGGGGCACUCAACAGCAGUCACGGUUCGCCCUUCAGCACGCCCCAGGCCCCAGCCUCAGUGCCGGCUUCGAGUGCCGCAGCGGCCGCGGCGGCAGCAGCAGCGGCAGCCUCCCUCACCGCUGCCGUGGCAGCAGCGGCAGCUGCCACAGCCAACGCCAACAGCAGCAGCGGCAGCAGCCAGGCACAGGGCCAGGGCCAGGGGGGCCAGAGUGGAGGAAGCGGCAGCGGCACGCCCGCCAUCCAGGAGCUGAAGGCAUCGGCAGCGUCGCCCGUAAGAACACCCAAACCCGAACCCCAUCCCAGCAAAGCCAGCAGCAAUCACUGGGACAUGAGCGAUCUGGAGGGGAGCCGCAAGAGCCACCUGACGCCGCCGCCGCAGAAGCGCAUCAAGAGCGCCGAUCUCUUCCGGGCCCAGCACGGCAUCAGCCCCGAGCGGCUGCUGCUCGACCGUGAGUUUCCCGUGGCCGGACAGCACCCGCUGACGCGCAACCGCAGCGGACGCGACACCUCCAAGGACCGGGAGCGCAACCUGGAGCUGCGCGAGUCCCUGCUGGGACAGGCCCUGGAGAACAGCAACGGCCAGCAGGCGGCGAAUCAGAAACACGAUCUCGGACAAAGUGCCGGCGAGGACUCGAACAGCAGCGACACGGAGCCCUCGGACCGGGGCGAUGGCCAGCACGAUGGCACCCUCGACGGCAUCGACAAUCAGCGCUCGCACUCGUUCCCCAAUGCAUUCCUCGGCCUCCAGGGCAUACCCGGGCUGCUGCCUGGACCCUCUGGAAUGGGCAGUGAUUUCGUGUCCCGAAGAUCCCUGGAGAUGCGCGUCCGUGCCACCGAUCCCCGUCCCUGCCCGAAAUGCGGCAAGAUCUACCGCUCGGCCCACACCCUGCGCACCCAUCUGGAGGACAAGCACACCGUCUGCCCCGGCUACCGGUGCGUCCUGUGCGGCACUGUCGCCAAGUCACGCAACUCGCUGCACUCGCACAUGUCGCGCCAGCAUCGGGGCAUCUCCACCAAGGACCUGCCCGUGCUGCCGAUGCCCAGCCCCUUCGAUCCGGACCUCGCCUCGCGGCUCCUGGCCAAGGCUGGGGUCAAGAUAUCGCCCGCUGAGCUGCGCGCCCGAGCCUCGCCCACCGGCGGCAGUGGCAGCAGCGGCGGCGGUGGUGGCGGCGGAGGAGGCGGCGGUGGCAGUGGCGGGGCCAAGCUGGAUCUGAGCAACGCCAGCGGCGGACCACUGGACGAUGGCGAGGACUCCGACGAGGACCCCGAGGACCUGACCGUGGGCAACGGCCUGUACGGCAUGGGUGGCAGCAACAGCGACCUCAGUCGCUACCACGAGAGUCUCCUGAGCAACUUUGGGCACGCCAACACCACUAUCUCGCGGAUGCGAAACGAGGCUGCCGCGGCAGCGGCCACAGCGGCUGCUUUGGGCCAGCCCAAAGAUCUGGGCGUGCAGAUCCCCACCAGCAAUGCUGCGGGCCAGUCCCUGCUGGACACCUACCUGCAGUUCAUCACGGAGAACACGUUCGGCAUGGGCAUGUCCCAGGAACAGGCUGCAGCAGCGGCUCUGCGGGCCAAGAUGGCGCAACUGAAUGCCAUGGGUCACAGUCUGGAGAACCUGCCGCCUGGCCUGCUGCCCGGACAGUUCGAUCUGAGCAAGCUGGCCGCCGGUAACCCCGCCUUUGGCCAGAGCGGACCGGGUCUGUCGAUAGAACCGAUUCUGCGCCACGACCAGGAUCCAGCCCAGGGCCCACUGGCGCUGAACUCUGGCGGCCGGAUGCACGGGCAUGACUUGGACGAUGCGGACAAUGAUGGGGAGAUGCGGAGAGAGGGCUCAGAGCCCAUGGAUCUGGGCCUGGACAACAAUCAGUCGGGCAGCAACAACGAGGUGGCCAACUCGGAUGUUGAGGAGAACUACUCCGAGGACGAGGGCGUGCACAACACAUAAGGGAGCAGCAGCAGGAGUGUCAGAGUGUCAUUGCAUCAACAGUUGUAUACCGAAUACCCAUGGAACAUAUGUAACGAGUAGCCUUAUCCACAUGUAUACCAGUUUAUGUGUACAAUACGAUACAAAUACGAUACAAUACGAUAGAGAUACGGACCUAGGACUAGGAAAAAUCAUAUUUGUGCCGCUGCCAGAGCUGGCCUAGUAGAAUUCAAUGUUGUGCUUUUAAACUACCUAUACAUAUAUACUAUAUAAUGUAUGUAUAAAUAUACACAUGUACCUGUUGUGUAUACAAUUGAUGAAGGGGAUGGAUAUCCCCGAAACGAGCCCUGACAGGAGAAAGCUAAACCCCUAGAGUACCCUUUUAGUCGUAAGAUAGAUUUCACAUUGAAAGCGAAGAACCAGCCUGUAAAUACAUACAAAAACACCUAUGCCCCCAUCCCUCAGAACCGAUCCGUCGCAUUUAAAGUAUGUUAGUAUCCGACAGAGGAACUCAAAUGUUUAUUCAGAUGUGCCAUGCAUGCCACAGCUAGAAUCCGAGUAUGCCUACCUAUGAUAUAAGCAUACGAUAAUAGCCUUCCAAGUUCCAAGUCUAGCCUAGCCACUCCAUUGAUUCACAGUGCUUACCAUAUCUCAGGAACACUAUCUCGCGGACAAAGCCAGCAUCAACCGAACUACCUCAGCAGACCUCAGCAGACGAAUGAGUUUUGUGUGCUGUGUGCGUGUAAUCCUCGAAAUACCUUAGACUUCCAUGAGUUGUGACUGGUCCUGUCCUCGUCCUGUCUAUAUCCGUACUCUUUAUACAAUAUAUAGAAAACUCCAGGGCCCCAGGAAACUUGCCAAUAUUGAACAGAAUAGGUUAAGGAUCUGCAAUGGAUCAGAAUAUAUACAUAAAUACGUGACAAAGUGAAUGUUAAUUUAUAUACAACUACUUAUACGGUAUACAGUGCACAUUUAGCAUAGAGACACACACACACACACAGAAACCCUGUACUGUACUUACCCAGACAAUGGUUAGGAUUUGUCAGAGAAUUGAAUACCUCAGCCUCAGCAUACUCAGCACUCGAUCAGACCACACACCACACCGAACAGGGGUGAACCAGUAUCUCCGCCGUUUGAAGAGAGAGUCAUACGAUACUUAAGGAAUACUAGAAAUUAGUUAGUUUAUGUGGAAGCACUGCAAGCAAGAGACAUACCCGUAGAUAGAUGUAAGUACUACUCGUAAGUAGUGCCCGUUGCCGUUGCCGUGGCCGUGGCUGCGUUUCCUGUAUGUAUUUAGUUCGAAUAUGCCUCAGUUAUAUCCUAGGUUUAUGGUUAGUUUCAAUCGAAGAUGAGCACAGACAGACUCUACAAGAGUCGCAACCACUUGCCUUAUGACCAACAUAUGUGUUACUUUAGUAAUUUUCUACCUCAAUUAAUUUAAAUGUAAUUUACUUGGAUAUUUAUUUGUAAGUUCGCAAUGGCCGUCGCAUUUCAUUUGAAGUAGCCCGUCUUAUUUCAAUCAUUCAAUUAAGAGUGGAGUACCCCCAACGUAGCCUAACGUAACGAUACAACAACAGAUUGGAGAAUACCUAAAAAAUAUACCUAUACAAAAUGUUAUGAAUAAAGAAGAGCCCAAGUACAUGCGAG